AUGUCCUUUGCUCCUAAGGCCCCGAAACCCAAGAGCCUGCUGGGCUACCACCAGGUCCUUUCUCCCACCGCUGGUGUCAAGGUCUCCCCUCUAUGCUUGGGAGCAAUGAACUUUGGUGACGCUUGGGAGGAGUUCAUGGGAAAAUGCAACAAAGAGGACACCUUUGCUUUGCUGGAUUGUUUCUUCAACGAAGGCGGAAACUUCAUCGACACUGCCAACGCCUACCAGUAUGAACAGUCGGAAGCCUGGAUCGGUGAGUGGAUGAAAGAGCGCAACAACCGCGACCAGAUGGUCAUCGCCACCAAGUACACGACGGGGUACCGGAUCGCGCACUUCGACACGCAGCCGCUGCAGUCCAACUACACGGGCAACUCGAUCAAGUCGAUGCGCGUGUCCGUAGACGCGAGCCUCCGCAAGCUACAGACCGACUACAUCGACCUGCUGUACGUGCACUGGUGGGACUUCACCACGGGCGUCGAGGAGGUUAUGAACGGCCUCAACGCCCUCGUCAACGCCGGCAAGGUUUUGUAUCUGGGCGUCUCGGACACCCCCGCCUGGGUCGUCGUCAAGGCCAACGACUACGCCCGCGCCCACGGCCUGCGCCCCUUCUCCGUCUACCAGGGCCGCUGGAAUGCCGGCUACCGCGACAUGGAGCGCGAGAUCGUCCCCAUGUGCCGCGACCAGGGCAUGGCCAUCGCCCCCUGGGCGCCCCUCGGCGCCGGCAAGUUCCGCACCGCUGAGGCCAGGAAGCAGGCCGAGCAGCAUGAGGGCUCCAACCGGGGCUCCAAGCCUACUGAGGCGGAUUUGAAAAUCUCGGAGGUCUUGGAGAAGGUGGCCGAGCGCAAGGGUACUAAUCUUCAUGCUAUUGCUCUCGCAUAUCUGCGCUACAAGCAACCCUACGUCUAUCCCAUCGUUGGACAGCGCAAGGUGGAGCACCUCAAGGCCAACAUUGAGGCCCUGAAGAUCGAGCUGAGCCAGGAAGAGAUCCGCGAGAUAGACCUGGCCGCCCCGUUCGACCCCGGCUUCCCCAUGACUUUCCUGGUUGGCGGCAAUGAACAAUACCAUGUCGGGUUUACGGCGGGAGAUAUCGCCUUGACCAAGUGGUCAGCGCAUAUUGAUGCUCCGGCGGCACAGGAGGCGGUCCGGCCUCGGAAGGAGUGA